AUGCCUCCUAAGCAGACAUCUGGGACUGGUCGAGGCCAAACCAAAGCUACCAAGAAAUCAGCCAAGGCCCCCGAACCUGAACCUGAACCUGAACCCCAGUCGAGCAAUCCAUUCGAGAUAUCAGACGACGAUGACGACAAAGCUAGGCCCUCAACACGCGAGGUCCAGGCAGUCGAGGAAGAAGAGCCUGACAAGACGAUCCCGGCGGAGCUUCUAACACGGCUACUACACGAAUUCUUUUCGAAAGAUGCAACGCGGAUAUCGAGAGAUGCCAACGCUGCAGCGGGCAAGUACUUCGAUGUGUUUGUGAAGGAAGCAAUCGCGCGCGCUGCUGUCGAGAAGGAUGUUGGUUUUCUAGAAGUUGAGGAUCUGGAGAAGGUCUCGCCUCAGCUGCUCCUGGACCUCUGA